GAUUUCCCGUCGGUCCUGAUUGGCCCGUUGGAGUACGAACGUUGGCUCCGCCCACCAGACGUUACGCACUGACACAACGCGGAAGUGAGGGAUUUGUAUUAUCGUCGGCUGCAGAUUCAGGAGGUUCAUCGUCUCGUCAAAUAAGGUCUCCUCUGUAAACGCCCCACGUGGAGAGAAUAAGGUUCAGCAGUUCCUCUGUAAUGAUGACAUUUAGUUAAACCUGUCAGUACGCCAAUGGAAGCUCCGGUCACGGCUCCCAACUCCUCCACUCUGCCUCCACCGAUCCCCCUGCGUCCGGCCGUUGCCCCAUCGGUGCAGCUCGGCUUCACUAUCCUCUACACCACUCUGUACGCAGGCCUCUUCCUGGUGGUUUACGGCCAGCUGUGGCUUCUCUACCUCUACAGACACAAGCGAUGGAGCUACCAGAGUGUCUUUCUCUUUCUCUGCCUGCUGUGGGCUGGCCUUCGCACCACACUCUUCUCUUUUUACUUCCAUAACGCUCUGGAAGCCAACCACCUUCCUGUUGCAGUCUUCUGGCUGCUCUACUGCUUCCCUGUGUGUCUGCAGUUUUUUACUCUCAGCCUUAUUAACUUGUAUUUUACUCAGGUAUUACUCAAAGCAAGAGAAGCGUACAGCUCAGAACUGAAUAAACGACAGUGGAUCGCACGGUUUAUGUACGGUGCUUUUAGCGCCAUCUUCCUCACCGUCAACAUUGUGUGUGCAGCUCUCGGGGACCGAGGCAGCAGAGGAGAGGCAGGAGACCGAACCUGGAAUCUAGUCCUGGUUCGAGUGCUAGUCAAUGACUUGCUCUUCAUCCUGGAUGCCGUGCUGCUGGCUGUCGUGCUGCUGCUCCUGACACGACACUCACACUCCACCAGUGCCUACCUGGUCAGCAAGGGGACCACAGUGUGUCGUACAGCAGCGCUGGGAGCAGCAGUGAUCUUAUUAUUUGCCAGUCGAGUCUGCUACAACCUGACAGUCCUCUUUCUGUCCGAGAGCCAUCGGGUGGAGUCCUUCAACUUUGACUGGUACAACGUCUCCGACCAGGCUGAUUUACACAAUGAACUAGGCGACAGAGGCUACCUGGUCUUUGGAGCCAUCCUCUUCAUCUGGGAGCUGCUCCCAACCAGCCUGCUCAUCCUCAUCUUCAGAGUCCGCCGGCCUGCUCAGGAGAGCAGCAGCUUGGCCAUCAACAACAGGGUCCUACCGCGUCCGUAUUUCUUUGAUGAUCCUCAAGCCAGCGAUGAGGACGCACCUGUUCCAUGGGCUCGCAACUCAAAUCCACACUCAAGCUGGUAUGGAUCAGAGACGGCUCCCCUCCUGUUCCCUAGCAACCCUCCAGACCAGAAUCAUCAGCAUCACUCUUUCUACUCCACCCCUCAGAACUGACCACUGUCCAGCCAGCAGUACCUCCCUCUGUGAGCAGAUUUGCACUGAAAACCUCAGGAAAUCACCUCCCCACAGCGACUGUGCACCUUGUCGUUUUACAGAGAAUAUAUUUGAAACUUGUUGUUGUUUUUAUGUAAAAAGGGAUCAAACUUGGUGGGCAAAAACCCUUCCAGACUUUAACGGGCAAACGUUGUUCUCAGCGACUUCCUUAUAAGUGUUAAGCUGAGAUUUAGACACACAGUUGGCUUGUUUUAUGUCAGUAAUUAUCCCACUGUGGGUUUACAAGUCUUACAGUUCCUAAAUAUGGCACAUUUAGCUUCGUCUGCAUUCCUUAAUGCGUGUGAUGUAAUGUAGUUUGUCGGAAAUAGACUCAAAUACAAAUGAACUUUUGGUAUUUGUUGCACAGUAUAUUUUUCCAAGACCAGUAAUGUAAGUAAUAAUUUCAUUAACACCAGCAGACUGUAUAUUUCCUAAUGUCAGUCCUCCACAUUGAUGCAGGUUUACUGUACUUUUUCCUCUAGGGCCUGUGUCUGAUAUUCCUCCGGUUUGUUUGUCAUGUUUGUACAAAGUUCUAUUAUUUUAAAAAGCUGAUUUUGAUUCCUUUCCCGUAUAAUUAUAUUUUGAUGAAAGUUUAACUUAUUUUAUAAUUACAGUUCUACCUUUAUUUGUAGCUAAAACCUCAUUUUGCUCUACUUAUGGCUGUUUUUGGUAAGAAGUUGCUUCAUAGUGAGUCACCAUAUGACUGACGUUAACUAUGUGAACUUCAAACCAAUAAAAAACAUCCAAACAAA